UGUAUAUUACAUCAGGUGAUCAGUCUGUCCUCGAUAUCACAACCCAGCCGCACCCGACAGAGAGCAGUGUAGAUCAUGAUCGGCUCGAUUGUAGCUGUUUUGUUGCUCAUGGCCUCAAGCGUGGAGGUUAUUAGCGCAGCGACAUGCGCAUGUGGAAAGGUUACGGUUCACAUCCGGUCAGGACCCGGAACUACCCAUGGCACGAUAGGGAACAUCUACCCCGGGUUCUGUUACCAGUUUAAGGGAGAUGAGAGCAAAGCCAGUGGUUAUGAGUGGGCACACAUUGACUAUGAUGGGAAGGACGGGUGGGUUGCGGAGAACUACGUGGACUUGAAGACGUGUCCGUCGUCAGUGACGUCACACCCAAACAGCGGAACACACACUGGAACACACACGGGCAGCAGUACCCACGCCGGCUGUCCUCGAAUCAUCUCCAAGUCUGAAUGGGGAGCCCGGACGCCCAAGGCCGGCCAACUACAUCUCCACGGCGCUGUGAAAUACGCCUUCAUCCACCACGGCGCUAGUGCUGCCUGUCACACCGAGGCGUCAUGUGCUGCCAUGGCGAGGGCCUAUCAGAGAGACCAUAUGGACUCACGUGGUUUCAACGACGUUGGGUACAGCUUCCUGAUCGGCGAGGACGGCAACGCCUACGAGGGACGUGGUUGGGAUAUCGUCGGCGCUCACACAAAGGGCUAUAACUCUGUCGGACUUGGGUUCUGUAUGAUGGGCAACUAUAUGGAACGCCUCCCCAACUCCAAGGCCCUGGACACGGUCCAGAUGUUGAUAGCCUGUGGGGUGGCUAAAGGCAAGAUCCAGACCAACUAUAUUCUCAGGGGGCACCGUGAUGUUGGUGUCACCGCCUGUCCAGGGACCAAACUGUAUGCCCUCAUCAAGACGUGGCCUCAUUACUAGAAUGGAGACACGGGUGGUUUGAAUAGAUUCAGGAACAGCACAUUGUGCCGGAUGGUGACA